AUGACAUCCUUCAUUAUUCACGGGCCACCGAGGGCUUGCGAUAGAUGCCACGCUGUGAAGGCAAGGUGUCAAUGGAUCGACGACAAGUCAGAAUGCGAGCGCUGUAUCCGCCUACAAUUUGCUUGCGAAUCGACAAGGCCAAAGGGGAAACCAGGGCGGAGACGAGGGGAGGGAUGGGGCAGCCGGCGAUCUCGAGACCUCCCAACGCAUCAAGACCGUUUGCACUGCGCGAGGCUCCAAGCCCAGACCCGGAGAGGCGCAGUUAUUCCCAGAUGUAUCCAGGAGUUCGACAGCGUGCCGAGCGUGGACCGACAGAUUCUGCAACUUGUACAGCGGAUCCUUUUCCAGAGCGAAAUGCUCGACCUCUUCUCAGUCAGCGACAAGUUCACAGAGCCGGUACGCCGGCAGGUCAUUCCACAGCUCCUAUUAUCCAAGUCCACCCUUCUAGAUGGGCUGCUUGCGUGUGCUAUUUCCUGGGCCGGGGACGUUGAUGACUCCGGCAAUUUCCGUCGCUUGACUGCGUGCUAUCGGCAUGCAUCUUCUGCGAUUGCUACCCUCAUGACUCUUGAAGCGACGAGCCCGGAGACGAUGAUGGAGGCCCUCAUGCUCGGCGCAUUAGUCUCGUCCUUUGCUGUCAAAUUACGCGUUAACGACGUGCUAGCUAUAUGUUCCCGGACACUCGCCCUAAUCAAGCCCAUCUAUAACACGAGCGACCCGAAAGAGCCAGAGCCCUUGGUGUUUAUGAGCUGCAUGGUGAUGUGGGAGGUGCGAGGCUGCCUCUUCAGCUGCGGGCUGCCUACCUUACGUUUCAGAGCACCCGAAAAGAGCUACGUCGAUCGUCACGUUGGCCUGUGUGCUUCUGUAAUACCGUGCUUCUACGAUGUUUGCAAGUUGAGCCACGCGCUGUCCAAAGGACCUGUAGAUACCACUGAUAUAUAUACUGAGCUCGAGGCUAUCGAGGAAUAUGUGCGCGCGUGGCAGCCAGAGCCCCCAGAAGACUUUACAGAGCGUUUCGACACGAUCGAGGUCACCCACAUGCUAUGCCAGGUUCAGGUCAUGCGCCAAGCGCUCCUACUGAUCGCCCACCGCCUUCGCUUCCCGUUCGGCGUGAACGACGGACCGGCCCAGAUGCUUUCUAUGAGCAUAUUGUCGCAGCUGGAGACAACACUGGCGGCCACGAGAAGCAUCGUGCGGUGUGUUGACCUCGCCUUGCUGGUUGCUUGCUUGGAGCUCAAGGGAACUGAGAGGCAGAAGUGGCUGAGUGACGUUACCAAGUUCACAGGAUUUUCGCCGCAGUUUGGUGAACAUGUCAGACAGACGCUGGAGUCAUUUUGGGCAGGAAUGGACUCGUUUGGAAUACUGUCUUGGAGCGAACUGGUCAAAUUAGGAUCUCCUUUUCUACGGAAUCAGCAUUUAAUAUAA